GUUAACCUACUCCUGCAUCUUGCUUUUAAAUUGAGAUACAAGCCUCUUGUUGGCUGAACCCCAGUUGAAUUCAACUAGCGUUUUAUACAAGCAUGAAAAAAAAAUAUAUAUAUAUAUGGAUGUCUUCACCCUGCACGCACUGGAGGAAUAAUAUUGGAAGCCUAUCAAGUUUGUGUGAAGUUGUGAAAAGUUGUCAAGCCAAAAAAAAAAGAGCCCGAGAGAGAAACUCCUCCCGUCUUGAAAUGAGCAAUCAGCAGCAAGAUGAAAUGGCCGCUGUGGAGAGCGGCGGAGGCUUCAGUCAAAAGCGAAACACAAACACACAAGACUCACAGCAGCCAUCUCCUCUGGCCUUGUUGGCAGCCACUUGCAGUCGAAUCGACACCCCAGGAGACAGUGAUUCACCCACAGACCAGCAACAACCAAAUCAGCAACAACAGCUGGACCUGAACCAAGGUGUUUUGACUUCCACUGCCAACGGGUGGCAAGUUAUUCCCCUCAGCAUCCAAGCAUCCUCAGGCACCAACACCAUCUCCACUGAAUCCUCAGUGGUGAUGACUGGAGGGGACACAGGCAAGAACAAACUGGUGCUGUCACCAACAGCAGCUGCUGUGGGCAGUCAGGGACAGCAGCAGCAGCAGCCACAACAAUUUGUAGUAGCCCAGGCUCCAACAUUGCAGGGUCAGCAGGUGCUUACCACCUUUUCAGGUGUGAUGCCCAACAUUCAGUAUCAGGUAAUUCCCCAGUUCCAGACAGUGGAUGGCCAGCAGCUGCAGUUCGCCCACAGUCAGCAGGAUCCUGCUGUAUCUGCCACUGCAGGGGCAGGGCAGCAGUUUCAGAUAGUUGCCUCUCCUAAUGGCCAGCAGAUCAUAGCCACAGCAAGCAGAGCAGGCGGAGCAGGAAACAUCAUAACUAUGCCCGGUCUCAUACAGGGAGCCAUCCCCAUACAAAAUAUAGGUAUAGGUAAUGGGGUUUUGCAAAACCAGCCCCAGUUCCUUGCUAAUAUGCCUGUGUCCCUUAACGGAAACAUCACUUUGUUGCCAGUCAAUACUGGAACAAGUGGCACAGGGGCAGAUGGAAGUAGUGGAGGGGACUCGGGGGCAAGCCAGCAGCUCAUACAGCAGUCACAGCAGCCAGUGUCUUCCAGCAGCGGGGCAGGGUACUUAACCGGCACAACCACUGUGACUACGCAAACCUCCACUUCUUAUGGAAUGAGCCAGACGCAGAACAGCAAUGGAGCCGUGACAGGGACGUUCCAUCAGAAUACAGCAUCUACUGUGGGUGUCCCGAUCCAGCCAGACAACAGAGAUGGCCAGCAGCCUCAGCAGAUCCUUAUCCAGCCCCAGCAGCUUAUCCAAGGCGGAACACCUCUUCAGACCAUCCAGGCUGGCACUGUCUCGACCGCAGGCGGUCAGGUAUUUGCUGCUCCAACCCUCACACAAGAAGGGCUUCAAAACCUUCAGAUUAUGCCAAACACAAGCCCCAUCAUAGUGCGCACUGUAGGCCCCAAUGGCCAGGUGAGCUGGCAGACCAUCCAGCUCCAGAGCACAGCAGGAGCACAGAUCACGCUGGCCCCGGUGCAGACUCUUCCUCAGCUGGGACAGGCUCAGGGAGCCAGUGCAGCUGGAGGGAUGGCUGUCAACACAGUGCAGAUCCCAGGCCUCCAGACCAUCAACCUCAACACGCUCAGUGGUACAGGGCUGCACCAGCUGCAAGGGGUUCCCAUCACCAUCGGCAACCCAGCAGGAGAACAGGGGUUGCAGACAGGUGGAGAAAGCUUGGAUGACAGUACAGUCAUGGAUGACGAGGAUAUAAGCCCACCACCUCAGGGACGGCGUAACCGGAGGGAAGCCUGCACCUGCCCCUUUUGCAAAGAUGGAGAAGGACGCGACCCGACUAAAAAGAAGCAGCACAUUUGUCACAUCCCUGGGUGUGGGAAGAUCUACGGCAAGACAUCUCACCUGAGGGCCCACCUCCGCUGGCACACGGGAGAACGGCCUUUCGUCUGCGGCUGGUCUUUCUGUGGCAAACGAUUCACCCGUUCAGAUGAGCUUCAGCGCCACAAGAGGACACACACAGGUGAGAAGAAGUUCCUCUGCCCCGAGUGUCCAAAACGCUUCAUGCGCAGUGACCAUCUCUCCAAGCACAUCAAGACCCACAUGAACAAGAAAGCAGCGGCUGCUGCAGCCACUGCCACCACCAGCACCUCAGUUUCUGCUGAUGCCGCCUCCCCUGCAGCAGGAACAGAGGCUGGCACUGGAGCGGUAGCGGCCAGUGACCAGCACACUCUUGUCACCAUGGAAACCUUGUCUGCAGAGAGCAUAGCGCGAUUAGCCAGCAGUGGAAUCAACAUGAUGCAGGUGGACCUUCACCAAAUAAAUGGCAACAGCUACUGAGGGUGGUGGAGGAGCAGGGCGAGGGCCUCGGUGGACAUUGCAUUUGGACAUUUAGGGUUAAGAAGGGCAUGUCGGACUGCAGACUCAAAGCCCCUUAAGGGCCUCAGACGGGGGGGUGUCAUAAAUGCAACACAAGACUAUUGUCCGUGAAAGCCGAGGCUGGAAGAUGGAUAUCAUUCUUAAGUUUAGAUAACUGUUGCAUCACUAGGUCGGUGAAAGAGAUGAGUGAUUGGAUUAUACGUUGACUAGAGAAAUCAUUAUUAUAAAAUCAUACUAUUUCCCAGAAGGGAAAUGGCACUACAGUGACACUUGUCCCAUGUAAAGACCGAAUCUAACAUGUUGAUAAUGGGGACUGCAAUAAAAUAAACAAACCAGCAUACUUGAUGCUGAAUUAGUAGUCUGCAAUAAUAUAGUUUCUCUAGCAGAUUUUGUCAAGAGAUGACACUACUCUGGAGUUGGGCCCAGGUCCUUGCUUCCAAGUCUGUGAGCUUCCCUUCUACUCGUCCCACUUCAUCUCAGGUGUUUUCUGCCCUCUCAGACCGGGCUGCUGUGUCGGGCAGGGGGCUCAGUGGCCCUGCAUUCUGACUGGCCCACAUUAGCCUGUAACGCUAAACUCCACCUAAACUGAAUCCAUACAUCACUAUGAUUGUGAUAUUAUUCAGCUUGUAUUUGUUUCUUAAAAACGUUUUUUUUUAUGUUCACAAAUGGCACAACACCUAUCCAGAAUCAUAGGAACGUGUGUAUCGUUUAAGGUGGAUUUUCCUUGACAGUUGAGAAGACGGCUGGAAAACAUAAUGGUCAUUGCACAAUGACUUCAGGGUCAGAAGCACUAAGUGUGGGGAUGUAGGAAUGUAAGGGCACUGAAAUCCUUAUGAGAAUAGCUCUUUCUCCCCUCAUUAUAUAGGUACACACAUUCAGGCCAUCAUGCUUUGAUAGGUUUACCAUGAUCUAAAAAAAAAAAAAAAAAAAAAAAAACUAGAUCUUUUGUUUUUGUAUGUAUAUAUUUUUUUCUAAAGGCUACAAAAAUUCUUAGCGUAAUAAGGAUCGUCUGACGUGACUGCAAGAGAUUGCCUUUCAGUUGUAUGAGCCUCUCAUGCACAAUCUUAAACCUAUGUUGUUAUCACUUUUAUAUUAAUGUAGAUUUAAAAUUGUAAACUCAUGAGCCUGUCAUAGAAUUAUGUAUAUAUUCUAUACAGUCUGGAUAUUCAUUCUGUGGUAUAUUCAUAUAAGCUUUUUGACUUUGCAUAGCAGUCAUUGAGAUCAGCUUGAAACUUCUUUUUUCUACCUUCCAUAAAUACUUUUUAGUCCUGUCAAGUCAGAUCGAAAUAUUUUGUAACUUUCCUGCCCAGACAGCAUAAAUAUGUAAGCUCAAACCAAAGGUUCAGAUUCCUUUUUAUAAAUGAAAAAAUAAUGCUUGUCCUUAGUCCAUUAAGAUUCUUUGUCACAGUUUAGGCUCUUGUAAUGCAAAUGUUAAUUAUUCCAACUGGAAAGAUCCAGCUUGAAGCAAACCUCGGAUGCACAAUGUUUUUUUUUUUUUUUUUCAAAUAAAUGUAAAUUGCAUAGUAUUAUGUUAAGGGUCAGGGGUUUCUGAGAGGAUUUUUUGCUUCUCAAUUGUUAAAAAUUAAUAUUUUCUCUGCUUUACGUUCAGAACGACUGCUUUAUUUGAAAAAUGUAUGAAUUAUGUUCCAUGUCAACAUUUGUUUAAGAAAACUUAACUUUAUUCUUUCAAACGCUUUAGUUUGAAAGGGAAAAGUUAACUGGACAACAAGUGCCCUUAAGUAUCAUGUUUUUUUCCAUUUUAAAUAAGGGAUAUUUUACUACUACAAAUGCCAACAGCUGGAAUAAAAUUAUGAAUACAA